AUGGACACUCAGAACUAUGCAUGGGAAGCUUCAGAGCGUACAUUGCUGAAGUUGUUUGAAGUAUUGAAAAAGCUUACAAAAGAAGAAUACAAAGUUGCUGAUUUAGAACAGUUACAGGAAGAAACCCACGAAGCUCUUGCUUUGAUUGAAAGAGAUUUCCCUUUAUCCUUACAAACAAUAACCAUGCAUCUUCUACAUCAUAUUCCGGAGGGAUUUCCUAGAUAUGGACCAUUAUAUGGGAGAUGGCUUUUUCCUUAUGAGAGGGUUAACUGUUGGAUUACAAGACAAGUACUCAACAAACACAGAAUUGAAUCUACCGUCAUGGAAACAUAUGCAAUAUAUGACUGGUGUGUAUUUAUGCUCAUGUCAGACAUUAUUGAUACGGAUGAUUUAACACUUGGUAAAUUUGAAGAUAUUUGCAAUUUGAAUGAGCCCAAAAAGGAAACCACGAAGAAGACCCCAAAAUUAUUAGAGGAAAAGAUUCUAGAUGAUAUGUCUGAGGUUUAUGACUUUGCAUUAACUUCAAGAAUGAACAAACAAGGGUUAGUUUUGAAGAGUGUAGAGAAAAAAGUAAAUGGAAAAACCAGUCGAGUUUCCAGCAAUAAACAGUCACCAUCACAUGUUUACCUUGUCAGGAAUUUAAAAGACCACCAUCCCUGUGUGAGGGAAGAAGAUGAUAUGGUCUUUGGUCGUGUGAAAUUGAUUUUCGAACAUGAUUGGCGUGGUAAAAUGUACACUUGGGUACUUCUUGAUUUGUUCAGUGAUGUUGCAUAUACAGAUGGGUUUUGGAACGUUUCAGAACGAGUGAGUUGUUGUAAGCCCUUCCUCCUAGAUGAUAUCAGUGAACCACAAGUUAUAGGAAGAGACAAUGAUAGAUUGGUUUUCAUUGGUGUUGAUGUGAAAUUAAUGUUGUAAUGUUUUGUAGACUUGAGAAAUGAGAAAAGAAUCAAAUUUAGAUAUUUUUGUUAAAUCAUUGCAAGUAAUUGAUUUCUAGACUCAGCAGAUACAAUUUGGUCUGUUUAUAAUUAUAUGUCCAUCAUCAUGACCAUAAUCUAGAGAUUGGUUAUCUGUCACUUAUCUUGUUUUUAGCUUGGUCAUGUAAAUUAACAUCAAAGGAGGUAAAACAACAAUGUGCAAACAGAAAUCUUAACAUUUAGGUCCACAAUGGUGGUAUACUCCAAUCAUGCAUUGACUUAGACAAAUAAUGAUACAAGGUACAUUGACUAUAUGUACAUGGUCAAUGUUUUAGAUAUGAAAAGAUCGUCUUUAAAUUAUGUCAAUUAUGUUUGCUGGCGUGACCAAUAUGCUGGAAAGAGCUUUUCUCAUUUUCCAUUAAUUGUCAUUAUUUUUUAUGGAAAACUUUGUCAUUUUAUCAACUAUUCAUGACCAGGAUUUUUCUAAAUAAUGGCUGACAAACCCACCCUAUGGUUAAACUUAGGGCUAUGAGAAAAUAACUGACUAAAAUAGAUUAACACUCAAUCCAAAAAUGAUUUUAUUCUCUUGUAAAAAAGUUUAAAGGAAAAAAUAUUUUUUGAAUUUGAAUACUAUUUACAGUAUGACAAACAUUUGGAAAUGUCAACUUUCUUAUUUUUAUUUUUAUUCAUCACCUUUUAAUUUUGGACUAAAAACAUGUAAAAUAAA